AUGCCUCAACAAAACGAAUGUUAUACAUUUUCUUCAAAUUCAAUUGUUUCACAUAUUGAUUAUUCUGAAGCUCAAAAUAUUCUUGAAUUAACAACAACAAAACAAAAACAACUUCGUCGACAACGUUCACAAGUUUUAUAUAAACAAGUUUUACUUAAACGAACAUAUACACUUGUAUGUGAUUUAUUAGAUUCAGAUUGUUCAUAUUCUUCUAAUCAAACAUAUAAAUGUCCAUCAUCACCACUUUCAAUCAUCGAUACAAAUAAACGAAAAUUAACUUCUGUUGAUGAUGAAAUUGAACCAGUAAUUAAAAAAUCUAAAAGUCUCAUGGAUAAAUGUUAUGAUAUAAAAAAUGAUAAUGAUGUAUUACAAUUUCUUCGUGAACUCAAUUCUGUCAAAGUAUCAUCCAGUGAUGACAAUGAACAAAAUAUACCAAUUAUCGUCUUUGUUGUGUAA